AUGUCUCUCGCGCAAGAAUCCCACUUAAUAUCCAUCCAAGCGACCCCUUUCCCACCGCGACUCGACUUUAGUCCCUUUCCCACUGCGACUCGACUUCAGUCCGUUUUCCACCGCGUCACGACUUUAGUCCCUUUCACACGGCGACUCGACUUUAGCCCCUUUCCCACCGCGACUCGACUUCAGUCCCUUUCCUACCGCGUCCCGACUUUAGUCCCUUUGACACCGCGUCUCGACUUCAUCCCUUUCACACCGCGACUCAAUUUUAGCCCCUUUCCCACCGCGACUCGACUUCAGUCCCUUUCACACCGCGACACGAUUUUAGCCCUCCCUUUCACACGGCGACUCGACUUUAGCCCCUUUCCCACCGCGACUAGACUUCAGUCCCUUUCCUACCGCGUCCCGACUUUAGUCCCUUUCACACCGCGUCUCGACUUCAGUCCCUUUCACACCGCGACUCGACUUCAGUCCCUUUCCAACCGAGACUCGAUUUCAGUCGCUUUCCUAACGCGUCCCGACUUUAGACCCUUUGACACUGCGUCUCGACUUCAGUCCCUUUCACACCGCGACUCAAUUUUAGCCCCUUUCCCACCACGACUCGACUUCAGUCCCUUUCACACCGCGACACGAUUUUGGCCCCUUUCCCACAGCAACUCGACUUUAGUCCCUUUCCACCGCGACUCGACUUCAGUCCGUUUCCCACCGCUCCCUUUCAUACCGCGACUCAAUUUUAGCCCCUUUCCCACCGAGACUCGACUUCAGAAACUUUCCCACCGCGUCUCGACUUCAGUCCCUUUCACACCGCGACUCGACCUUAGUCGCUUUCCCACCGCGACUCGACUUCAGUCCCUUUCCUAUCGCUCCCAUUCCCAACACGACUCGACUUCAGUCCCUUUCCCACUGCGUCUCGACUUUAGUCCCUUUCACACCGCGACUCGACUUCAGUCCGUUUCCCACCGCGUCUCGAAUUUAGUCCCUUUCACACGGCGACUCGACUUUAGCCCAUUUCCCACCGCGACUCGACUUCAGUCCCUUUCCUACCGCGUCCCGACUUUAGUCCCUUUGACACCGCGUCUCGACUUCAGUCCCUUUCACACCGCGACUCGACUUCAGUCGCUUUCCCACCGAGACUCAACUUCAGUCCCUUUCCUACAGCGUCUCGACUUUAGUCCCUUUGACACAGCGUCUCGACUUCAGUCCCUUUCACACCGCGACUCAAUUUUAGCUCCUUUCCCACCGCGACUCGACUUCAUCCCUUUCGCACCGCGUCUCGACAUUAGUCCCUUUCACACCGCGAUUCGACUUCAGUCCAUUUCCCACCCCGUCUCGACUUUAGUCCCUUUCACACCGCCACUCGACUUUAGUCCCUUUCCCAUCGCUUCUCUCCCUUUCGCACCGUGUCUCGACUUUAGUCCCUUUCACACCGCAACUCGACUUCAGUCCAUUUCCCACCGCCACUCGACUUUAGUCCCUUUCCCACCGCGAUUCGACUUCAGUCCCUUUCCCACCACGUCUCUCUUUUUCCUACCGCGUCCCGACUUUAGUCCCUUUGACAACGCGUCGCAACUUCAGUCCCUUUCACAACGCGACUCAAUUUUAGUCCCUUUCCCACCAGGACUCGACCUCAGUCCGUUUCCCAAGGCGUCUCGACUUUAUUCCCUUUCCCACCGCGACUUGACUUCAGUCCCUUUCGCACCGCGUCUCGACUUUAGUCCCUUUCACACCGCGACUCGACUUCAGUCCAUUUCCCACCCCUCCCUUUCCCACCGCGACUUGACUUCAGUCCCUUUCCCACCACGUCUCGUCUUUAGUCCCUUUCACACCGCUACUCGACUUCAGUCCCAUUCCCAACACGACUCGACCUCAGUCCGUUUCCCAAGGCGUCUCGACUUUAGUCCCUUUCUCACCGCGACUCGACUUCAGUCCCUUUCCCAUCGCUUCUCGUCUUUAGUCCCUUUCACACCGCGACUGGACUUUAGCCCCAUUCCCACCGCGACUCGACUUCAGUCCUUUUCCUACCGCGUCCCGACUUUAGUCCCUUUGACAACGCGUCGCGACUUCAUCCCUUUCACACCGCGACUGGACUUUAGCCCCAUUCCCACCGCGACUCGACUUCAGUCCCUUUCCUACCGCGUCCCGACUUUAGUCCCUUUGACACCGCCACUCGACUUCAGUCCCUUUCACACCGCUCCCUUUCACAACGCGACUCAAUUUGAGUCCCUUUCCCACCAGGACUCGACCUCAGUCCGUUUACUAAGGCGUCUCGACUUUAGUCCCUUUCCCACCGCGACUCGACUUCAGUCCCUUUCGCACCGCGUCUCGACUUUAGUCCCUUUCACACCGCGACUCGACUUCAGUCCAUUUCCCACCCCGUCUCGACUUCAGUCCCUUUCACACCGCCACUCGACUUUAGUCCCUUUCCCAUCGCUUCUCGUCUUUAUCCCUUUCACAACGCGACUCAAUUUUAGUCCCUUUCCCCACCAGGACUCGACCUCAGUCCGUUUCCCAAAGGCGUCUCGACUUUAUUCCCUUUCCCACCGCGACUUGACUUCAGUCCCUUUCGCACCGCGUCUCGACUUUAGUCCCUUUCACACCGCGACUCGACUUCAGUCCAUUUCCCACCCUUCCCUUUCCCACCACGUCUCGUCUUUUAGUCCCUUUCACACCGCUACUCGACUUCAGUCCCAUUCCCAACACGACUCGACCUCAGUCCGUUUCCCAAGGCGUCUCGACUUUAGUCCCUUUCUCACCGCGACUCGACUUCAGUCCCUUUCCCAUCGCUUCUCGUCUUUAGUCCCUUUCACACCGCGACUGGACUUUAGCCCCAUUCCCACCGCGACUCGACUUCAGUCCCUUUCCUACCGCGUCCCGACUUUAGUCCCUUUGACACCGCGUCUCGACUUCAGUCCCUUUCACACCACGACUCGACUUCAGUCCCUUUCACACCGCGACACGAUUUUAGCCCCUUUCCCACCGCGACUCGACUUUAGUCCCUUUCCCACUGCGACUCGGCUUCAGUCCGUUUCCCACCGCGUCUCGACUUUAGUCCCUUUCACACGGCGACUCGACUUUAGCCCCUUUCCCACCGCGACUCGACUUCAGUCCCUUUCCUACCGCGUCCCGACUUUAGUCCCUUUGGCAACGCGUCGCGACUUCAUCCCUUUCACACCGCGACUCGACUUUAGUCCCUUUCCCAGCGCCACUCGACUUCAGUCCCUUUCCUACCGCGUCCCGACUUUAGUCCCUUUGACACCGCGUCUCGACUUCAGUCCCUUUCACACCGCGACUCGACUUCAGUCGCUUUCCCACCGAGACUCAACUUCAGUCCCUUUCCUACCGCGUCUCGACUUUAGUCCCUUUGACACCGCGUCUCGACUUCAGUCCCUUUCACACCGCGACUCAAUUUUAGCUCCUUUCCCACCGCGACUCGACUUCAUCCCUUUCACAUCGCGACUCAAUUUUAGCCCCUUUCCCACCGCGACUCGACUUCAGUCCCUUUCACACCGCGACACGAUUUUAGCCCCUUUCCCACCGCGACUCGACUUUAGUCCCUUUCCCACCGCGACUCGACUUCAGUCCGUUUCCCACCGCGUCUCGACUUUAGUCCCUUUCACACGGCGACUCGACUUUAGCCCCUUUCCCACCGCGACUCGACUUCAGUCCCUUUCCCACCGCGUCCCGACUUUAGUCCCUUUGACACCGCGUCUCGACUUCAGUCCCUUUCACACCGCGACUCGACUUCAGUCCCUUUCCCACCGAGACUCGACUUCAGUCCCUUUCCUACCGCGUCCCGACUUUAGUCCCUUUGACACCGCUCCCUUUCCCACCGCGACUCGACUUCAGUCCGUUUCCCACCGCGUCUCGACUUUAGUCCCUUUCACACGGCGACUCGACUUUAGCCCCUUUCCCACCGCGACUCGACUUCAGUCCUUUUCCUACCGCGUCCCGACUUUAGUCCCUUUCACAACGCGACUCAAUUUUAAUCCUUUCCCACCAGGACUCGACCUCAGUCCGUUUCCCAAGGCGUCUCGACUUUAUUCCCUUUCCCACCGCGACUCGACUUCAGUCCCUUUCGCACCGCAUCUCGACUUUAGUCCCUUUCACACCGCGACUCGACUUCAGUCCAUUUCCCACCCCGUCUCGACUUAUGUCCCUUUCACACCGCCACUCGACUUUAGUCCCUUUCCCACCGCGACUCGACUUCAGUCCCUUUCACACCACGUCUCGUCUUUAGUCCCUUUCACACCGCUACUCGACUUUAGCCUCUUUCCCCCCACGACUCGACCUCAGUCCGUUUCCCAAGGCGUCUCGACUUUAGUCCCUUUCACACCGCGACUGGACUUUAGCCCCAUUCCCACCGCGACUCGACUUCAGUCCCUUUCCUACCGCGUCCCGACUUUAGUCCCUUUGACACCGCGUCUCGACUUCAUCCCUUUCACACCGCGACUCGACUUUAGUCUCUUUCCCAGCGCCACUCGACUUCAGUCCCUUUCCUACCGCGUGUCGACUUUAGUCCCUUUCACACCGCGACUCGACUUUAGCCCCUUUCCCACCAGGACUCGACCUCAGUCCGUUUCCCAAGGCGUCUCGACCUUAGUCGCUUUCCCACCGCGACUCGACUUCAGUCCCUUUCCUAUCGCGUCUCUCCCUUUCCCACCGCGUCUCGACUUUAGUCCCUUUCACAUCGCGACUCGACUUCAGUCCAUUUCCCUCCGCUCCCUUUCCACCGCGACUCGACUUCAGUCCCUUUCCCACCGCGUCUCGACUUUAGUCCCUUUCACAUCGCGACUCGACUUCAGUCCAUUUCCCUCCGCGUCUAGACUUAUGUCCCUUUCACACCGCCACUCGACUUUAGUCCCUUUCCCACCGCGACUCGACUUCAGUCCCUUUCACACCACCCUCUUUCCCCCCACGACUCGACCUCAGUCCGUUUCCCAAGGCGUCUCGACUUUAGUCCCUUUCACACCGCGACUGGACUUUAGCCCCAUUCCCACCGCGACUCGACUUCAGUCCCUUUCCUACCGCGUCCCGACUUUAGUCCCUUUGACACCGCCCCCUUUCCCACCGCGACUCGACUUUAGUCCCUUUCCCACCGCGACUCGACUUCAGUCCGUUUCCCACCGCGUCUCGACUUUAGUCCCUUUCACACGGCGACUCGACUUUAGCCCCUUUCCCACCGCGACUCGACUUCACCCCUUUCCCACCGAGACUCGACUUCAGUCCCUUUCCCACCGCGACUCGACUUCAGUCCCUUUCACACCGCGACUCGACUUUAGUCUCUUUCCCAGCGCCACUCGACUUCAGUCCCUUUCCUACCGCCCCCUUUCCCACCAGGACUCGACCUCAGUCCGUUUCCCAAGGCGUCUCGACCUUAGUCGCUUUCCCACCGCGACUCGACUUCCGUCUCUUUCCUAUCGCUCCCUUUCAUACCGCCACUCGACUUUAGUCCCUUUCCACCGCGACUCGACUUCAGUCCCUUUCCCACCGCGUCUCGACUUUAGUCCCUUUCACACCGGGACUCGACUUCAGUCCCUUUCCUACCGCGUGUCGACUUUAGUCCCUUUCUCACCGCGACUCGACUUUAGCCCCUUUCCCAGCGCCACUCGACUUCUGUCCCUUUCCUACCGCGUGUCGACUUUAGUCCCUUUCCCACCGCGACUCGACUUUAGCCCCUUUCCCACCAGGACUCGACCUCAGUCCGUUUCCCAAGGCGUCUCGACCUUAGUCGCUUUCCCACCGCGACUCGACUUCAGUCCCUUUCCUACCGCCUCUCUCCCUUUCCCACCGCGUCUCGACUUUAGUCCCUUUCCCACCGCGACUCGACUUCAGUCCCUUUCCCACCACGUCUCGUCUUUAGUCCCUUUCACACCGCGACUCGACUUCAGUCCCUUUCCCACCGCGACUCGACUUCAGUCCCUUUCCCACCGCGACUCGAGUUCACCCCUUUCCCCCAACGAAUCGACCUCAGUCCGUUUACCAAGGCGUCUCGACUUUAGUCCCUUUCACACCGCGACUCGACUUCAAUCCCUUUCCCAACGCUUCUCGUCUUUAGUCCCUUUCACACCGCGACUUGACUUCAGUCCAUUUCUCACCGCGUCUCGACUUCAGUCCCUUUCAUACCGCGACUCGAUUUGCCCCUUUCCAACCGAGACUCGACUUCAGUCCGUUUCCCACCGCGUCUUGACUUUUGUCCCUUUCAACCGCGACUUGACUUUAGCCCCUUUCCCACCGCGACUCGACUUCAGUCCCUUUCCCAGCGCAUUUCAACUUUAUCCCUUUCCCACCACGACUCGACUUUUAGUCCCUUUCACACCGCGACUCGACUUUAGCCCCUUUCCCACCGCGACUCGACUUCAGUCCCUUUCCUACCGCUUCUUUUUCCCACUGCGACUCGACUUCAAUCCUUUUCCCACCGCGACUCGACUUCAGUCCCUUUCCCACCGCGUCUCGUCUUUAGUCCCUUUUACACCGCGACUCGAUUUUAGCCCCUUUCCCACCGCGACUCCACUUCAGUCCCUUUCCCACCGCGUCUUGACUUUAGUCGCUUUCACACCGCGAUUCGACUUCAGUCCAUUUCCCACUGCGUCUCUACUUUUGUCCAUUUCCCACCGCGUUUCGCCUUUAGCCCCUUUCCCACCGCGACUCGACUUCAGUCACUUUCCCACCGCGACUCGACUUUAG